AUGGAUGCUGAUCUGGCAGCAUUCUUGAUAGAGUGUCUAUCUGUUUUGUUUUUCCUUCAAAAUGCAAAUAACCAUAGUUAUUCAAAGAUGUUCCAGCUACAAACAGGUCGUUUUUCUCUCAGAUCAUCAGUUGGUGCCGCGGUGCACGGGCAGGUGGUAGGCCAGCGGCGGACUGUCGGUUCCGCACCUGCGGCGACCACCAGCAACGGGGAGCAGGACAGCAGUCUCCGACGUGGCCCCGGCACUACAGAAAAAAUGCGUGGCGCAUCGUCGUUCUUAGUGCCUCUGUGCGUUCUGUGUCUGGGGGCUGCUUCGUGGCUUUCCCACGUCUCCCCUGUUUGCGCUACAGUGGAGCUAAGUGACAAGCUGAAAACCGCGUUAGGUUCCAUCUUUUCGCAGGACAAUGAUGAGAAUCCCAGCCCGAAGCUUGAGGACCUUAAACUUUCGGAUGAUCUCCCUACAAACGAAAAGGUAGAGGCUGUGGUCGGUAGCGUUGCGUCUUUCGCUGGUGUUGAUGUGAGCGAUGUGCUGGAGGAAGCUGAUUUGUUGGAGAAGGUUAAAGACGUUCUUCAAGAAAAAGAUACGAACCGCCGUCGCAGCCACCUUUUAGAGCUUCUCAAGGAACUCUUUCAAAAGCUUGCAGCGAAAUUGACGGGCAAGAAAUCGUGUAAAGAGUUGAAAGCAGAGGGUCAUACUCCGGAGGCCAGGCUGGGAUACUCCCCCGUCCGUUUUUUUGGCUACCCCCAUUACGACACCGAGACGCAGCAGACAUAUCUAUACAGUGGAGUGCCUUUGAAUAUUGUGAAUGGCUUCAAACAGCCUAUAAAGGUUGGCAGAGCAGACUAUCUGGUCCAGGGCCCACCUUCAAAAGUUUUGGCGUUCUUUGAUUGCUUUGGGGAAUACACGGCAAUAGCUCAAGCCCUCACCCCGGAUGGCCACUGGAUCAGCAGCCCACAUGAUGGCAUGACACCACGUCCUCUGUAUUUACAGGUUCAGGGUACAACGUAUAAUGGUACAGUAGCCCAGAUUCUGGUGCGAGCCGCACUAAAGACCGUGGUGAAACAGAUUGAUUUUAAAUUCCAGAAGAGAGGAAUGCUGACUGAAUUCGUUGAGAAGGCUCUCUCAGGAAACCUAGAGGCUUCAGACUUCGUAUUGGACGCUACAGGUGCCCGAGCCAUCAAAGAUCUUUGGGGAUACACAAGACUCAGCAAAGACGACCUUGUUUCCUUAGUGGCCGAAAUGUCAGAUACACAAUCCAUUCCAGAGAAGCUUAAACUGCUCUAUAAAUACAUGAAUGGAACUGAGAUAAAAACGACUAAGUGGAGCCACCGCAAGUUGGUGAAGAAACAGCGCAGCAUCAUGGUUACUUUGACCACCUAUCCUAAACCUGAUGCAGGGGUUAGGAGUACAAGACAGAUGGACUCACCGAAAGUUACACUCCAAGAUAUUUCGGACGCCCUCAAAGAAAUCGAUUUUGAAUAUUAA